GUCUAGCAGAGGAAAACGGCUUUGUUUACUUUCUGUAUCUGAGAGCGCAGCAGGAUCAGAUCAUCGAGCUCUGAAUCCGGAUUUUAAUUCGGAUCUGAAUCUGAAUAGAGUUUUCUCUGUUAGAUAUCAGCAGUGUUGUGUGAGCUGCGGGUGUGUGAGGGGGGUAUAGAGGGGCAUAAAGGGGGUAAAUAGUGGGGUAAUAGGGGGUGAAUAUGGAGGAGCAGUGGGAUUUCCAGCUGGUAUCGCGGCUGGUUGAUGGUUUAGUCGCGUUUCUGUCGGAGUUUAUCGAUGACUGGCUCUCUAACGACCUGCGGGUCUCCGUGUUUAAGAUCCUGUUCAGCUGGUUGAUCCUCAGCCUCGUCGCCAUUCACUUCGCCUGGAAGAUUUACGGAAACACCGUCAACGACAUGUACUACCGGCAAGGAACUGGUGGACAGAACGGUGGCACGCCUGACACAGCACCGCACCUGAGUGGAUGGUAGGUGUUCCGGCAUCUGUGUGCGUCCAGGUACAGGGAAAGUGCAGCAGCGGAUGCCCUAAAAACUCACCGUGAAUGACGGUCCGGAGGCGAGCGGGUGCAGACAGACUUUAUUUUUCUUAGAGACGUUAUAAAAACCACAUUCCUGAAGAGAACUGUGCCAUAAAACCUCUACGAACGUUUAGUUUGGAGACGAGGAAUCAAAACCUUCUACUUUUGAGACAACCAGCAGUGAUGGAUCUUCAUGCUUGAAUGUUGAUAUUUCUACUUGGACUGACUCUUUGUAAUUAAUAAUUUAACUUGUGUAAUUCCUGAUAUGGCUUGAUCUUCUCAGAACCACAUUAUCUCUGUGAGCUACAGACUGAUGGAGAACACUAUAGAGACCAGGUUACUCCAGAACAGGGAAGAAGUUCUUAACAUUGGGGUUCACGACUCCAAAGGGGGUCCUGAUUCAGUCCCUGGAAGGUGGUAAUGGUGAUGAUGGUGGUGCUACACUGUGUGUGUGUGACUGAAGCUCAUGAAACUCUUGAAGCUCAUCCGAGUUUUGUUUAAAUGAUGAAAAAAAACAACCUACAGGGGUUGGACAAUGAAACUGAAACACCUGUCAUCAUUUUACUGUGUGAUUUUAGGUUUCAUGGCUAAAUUGGAGCAGCCUGGUGUUCAAUCUUCAUUAAUUGCACAUUGCACCAGUAAGAGCAGAGUGUGAAGGUUCAAUUAGCAGGGUAAGAGCACAGUUCUGCUCUAAAUAUUGCAAUGCUCACAACAUUAUGGGAGACAUACCAGAGUUCAAAAGAGGAGAAAUUGUUGGUGCACGUCUUGCUGGAGCAUCUGUGACCAAGACAGCAAGUCUUUGUGAUGCAUCAAGAGCCACGGUAUCCAGGGUAAUGUCAGCAUACCACCAAGAAGAACCAACCACAUCCAACAGGAUUAACUGUGGACGCUGUAAGAGGAAGCUGUCUGAAAGGGAUGUUCGGGUGCUAACCCGGAUUGUAUCCAAAAACAUAAAACCACGGCUGAUCAAAUCACGCAGAAUUCAAUGUGCACCUCAACUCUCCUGAUUCCACCAGAACUGUCCGUCACCACAAUCAAUUAUUGUGCUCUAAAACCAGGUGUUUCAGUUUCAUUGUCCAACGCCUGUAUGUAUAACCACCAUCUUUACUGAACUUUAAUUUUACUGAGUUUAAGUUGUAUAUGAUUAUAUUUGACCAAGGUUGAGGCUAAAUCCUGCAUAAUUAGUGCCGAGCUGCACUUUAGGGACCGUAGGAAAAUUACAGAAUAAAAUGAGUAAUGAAUAAUUCUGUUCAACUUUGCAAAAUUUGACCAUGUGAUGUCAAACUAGUAAAAACAAA